AUGGAGCCACCAAUCGUUUACUAUCCUCGUUCCGAGUAUAUAGAAACGGAUACGGGUAACAAAGUUAGCCGUAAGUCUGUGAUUUGUGGAAGCCAAAAUAUUAUAUUGGGUGGAAAAACUAUUAUUCAAACUGAUUGUGUUAUUAGAGGAGAUUUAAGACGUACUGGAGGUGGUCAUGCCGUAGUAGUGGCUAUUGGUAGAUAUUGUCUUCUAGCAAAAGGAAGCAUUAUUCGACCUCCGUACAAAACAUACAAAGGGACAUUUAGUUAUUAUCCUAUGAAAAUAGGAGAUCACGUAUCCAUUGGAGAAGGGAGUAUUGUUGAAGCAGCGACAAUAGGUUCAUUCGUGCAUAUUGGCAAGAAUUGUGUUAUUGGUAGAUUUGCGAUUAUAAAAGAUUGUUGUAAAAUUGAGGAUAACACAGUAAUACCACCAAAUACCGUUAAAAAGGAUGUUUUGAAAUUUUAUGCUAAUAGUAGCCUUUCGUUUCUUUAUUUAGGAGUAUUUGUUGAUGAAUUGCCGGAAUGUGUUCAGGAUCUUUACGAACUAAAGACAAAGGAUUUCUAUAUCAAAUUUCAACCAAAAGACAGUUGA